UACGUUUUAUAAAGUUGCUGCUACUUGAGUUUUUCUAGGCAUUACUAUAGUACGCCUUUUAGAAUAUGAAUAGGAUUAAUUUGAAAUAUUGCUGAACUUAUUGUUGUAUCUAUGGAUGGACGAAUAAACGAGAAAGGUCGUGAAGACUAGGCUGUUCUUGAUCGAACAAACGUUGUUAAAUAGAAACAUAUCGAACAACCGUUGUCAAGGAGAUAUAUGUUCAUUCUUCGUCACUGAGAUUUAUCGUCGAGCAGCAGCCAUGAAGUUGACCGUCAGACUGAUUUUAUUUGGAAUCGCCUUGGUUUUGAUCGUGUUAUUGAGUCUACAAGUGAUGCAGUUGUCACGUGGUUACUCGCAUUAUCUGGGAUCAGGCGAUAUUAGUAUCCGUGCGCAUGCGCAAAACAUCAUGAUGCGCACCUGUGACGAGUCAUUUCCGCUUCCGGACGGCGUGCGCAUAUUCCCAGACGGUCGGGAAGUUCACCAUAUCGCGUUUUUGAAAAUUCACAAAGCAGCGAGUGGCACUUUGACGUCAAUCAUAUUUCGAUAUGGAGCUGAUAGACAUCUCAACUUUUUAAGACCCAAAUGGCUAAAUAUAAUCAGCUCAUCGGAUACAAUUAUUGAAAAACAACUGAAGAAUCCCGACGAAAGACCAUUUGACAUCACUACCAGUCAUGUGAUAUACAAUAGGAAAGCGUUUGAACGCUUUUUACAUAAUGAUAGCGUGUACAUUGGUAUUUUACGCGAACCGUAUAUUCAAUUUAAAUCUAGCAUGAACUACAUGGCUCCUAAGUAUGUCUACAAUAUUUCUCAAACUGACCCUAUCCAACAGUUCCUUAAGAACCCUUCAAAAUAUGAAACAAAAAAGCCACGAUUUUCAUGGAUAAACAACCGACAGGCAACUGAAUUUGGAACGCCUGAUGACGUCAUCAUGAAUAAAAAUAUAUCUGCAAUGAUAAAAUAUGUGAAAAAACUAGACAAGGAAUUUCAUUUAGUUGUGAUAGCUGAAUAUUUUGACGAAUCAGUGGUAUUGAUGAGGAGAAUGCUGAACUGGAAGUUUUCCGAUAUUUUAUAUAGACGUCUUCAUAUUCGAGGUUGGGACCGGAAGUUGACUAUCCCAAGACCUCAUGACCGUUAUUUAUACCGGAAGUACGCAUUUGCAGACUAUGCAUUGUAUGAUUUCUUCUAUAAAAGACUAUGGAGACAAAUUAAGUCUGCCGGUGAAGACUUUUUCGCGGAAGUGUUAUAUUUUAAGCAAAUCCGUGAUGAAACAGACGAUUUUUGUAAAGUGUAUCCAAAUAUUACUGAGACAUUUGUUAUUGACGCGAACGAAUGGACACCUACUAUAAGGGUUGAUAAAGAGUUUUGUAGAAAGAUAUACGCCGAGGAAGAAGAUUGGGUGAAACAUAUUAACUCAGACAAAUACUCAUACAAAAAGCCGUAGAGCAAUCCUCCUAUCAAUAACUUAAAAUAAUGCUGAAACGGAACAGUAACUGAGACCACGGAGCAGAAAGACAUACCUCGGAUCAUUUACGAAAAAAUCAUGGAGCAGUAACUGGGACCACGGAGCAAAAAACCCAUCACGGAGCAUUUACGAAAAAAUCACGGAGCAGUAACAAAGAACACGGAGCAGUAACACAGAUCACGGAGCAGUAACACAGACAACGUUCGCACGAUUUUCGGUAACUUGAGCGGUAGUUACUUCGACAGGCACACGGACUCGUGCUUUGAGACUGUUAUUGUGAGCAAAGAUUCAAGUUAUUGAAUACAUAGAUGGACGAAAAUAGUAUUAUUAAGUAUUCUUUUGGAUUUUAUUCUGAUAAGGGAACUUAUUAAGACAAUGAAGAUUUUUGAAACAAAUCACCUUUAUAUGUGUCUAGAAAGAAUUAUAACGCAUGUAAAAGUUCAAAGGAUGAAAAUGUUCACAGCGAGGAUGUGGCUACACCACCCUCACUCCCUUGUUUGUGUUGUUUUUGUCGUUGUUUCUGAUUAAAGAAAUGAUUCCGUAUGACGUUAAAUACAUGUAUGUUGUAACUCUUUGUCUAUGCAUGAUGCAUUUCAAUUUGUUCAUUUGCUGAAAACUACGGAAGCUUUUUACUGCCAAUUAAGAAAGAAGAACGUUGCAGCUAAUUGGUACCUCGAAAUUUCGACUUAGUUUAGUUAAAGUGUUAACUCACCUACUGACUAUUAGUAGCCUAACCUUCAACCCGAAGUUCCAAUAAGUCGAAAUUUUGAAUUAGUAAAUUCUUCUACUAAAUUGGCAGACAGAGACGUCGAUAUAUCUGCUUCGAUUUAUUUCCAGUUAGCACUUACGCGCUUCCGUACAAAACUGAUAUCAUCUGAAACUCAUGUUGUGUCAUCCGAG